AUGUCAUGUGAGUAGGAUACAGACUAAAGACUGCUGACACUUAGCAUUUCAAAGACUUCUGAAGAAAAUACCACUCACUGUGUUUGAUAUAUUUUAGAUGUGACUAAUGUAGAAAAAUUCCAAUAGAGGGCCCUGCCCAACGCAAGCCUUGGGCCAGGAACAUGGAAGUUGACUAUCCACCUCCUCAAAUUUGUAUGGAUCAGAGUUCUAAGGGAAAUGGGAAAAGUACUCCAAAUACCGAUCACUCCUAUAGCAGUGUCCUCGUAGAUGACUCACAUGUGGAUGAGAGCUGUAACGACUACAGUAUAAAACCAAAUUCCCAGAAUAAUGUGCAUCUUCAGGGGAAGCUUGAGAUGGAUGCUGGAGACAAUUUGUGUCAGGGAAAUAUUGACUCUGAGACAGGAUUAUACACUGAAGCAACUAUUGUAAUCAGCAAGCAAACAGAGGAUGGUAGGAUAAAAACACAGGAGGAACUACUAGGUACUACAGAAAAAUGUGCUGCCAAAGGUAAUGCAUUGUCACACAAUUGGGGACAGAUACAUAUAGUUAAAGAAAAUGAUGAACACUCAACUCCCCAGAACUUGAGAGACCCACAUCCUCAUUCAGUUGACCCCAUAGACACCUCAGAUAAUUUGAUAAAGGUGGAGAACUCUGGUAACAGUGCCAUAGAAGUGAAACAAUUGGAGUCGGAACACUGUUAUGGGAAGAACAGUAGAGAUUAUAAUCAGGAGAAUAAAACUAAUCAGAAUGUGGAGGGCAGUGAUGACACUGAUAUGGAGAUUGAUGUAGAGAUUGGAGUGGAAGAAGUAGAAGUGAAUACCCUGGAAAAUGUUGAUGAGGGAAGUGGCAUGGAGGUUGAAGAGGAAAAUCAAGUUCUGAUUGAUACAGAGGAAGUUGAAGUGUCAACAAAGGCAGAGGGUGGAAAAAGUAAUGCUCCAGGAAGUGCAUUGCAAACUCUCAAGGCACUGGCAACACCCUUCCAACAUUCAGAAACGAAGAGCUCCGAUGUUGACAGCAGGAUUCUGGCUUUGGUCAUCCACUCACUGGAGAAUGAGUCCCUUGCAGACCAUUCUCUGUACUCCUUUAUGACAGUGAGAGUGCAUUUAGUGAAUGGAAUAACUGGAAAACCAAUGCAAUGUCAAAAUGGGGAGAUGGUUUUACCUAGGAUGACAAAACCAUGGGACUUUAAAGUAAACAGAACGAAGACAGCUGUGUGGGAAGAACUUUGCCUCUUUAAAGAAAGUUACAAUUACGUCAUGGAAGAAAAGCAUCAGGCAGUUUUCCUGUUUGAGGUAAUGGAUGCUUCUAGUUUGAAUACUGCCAACCUGAAGAACCGGCUUGCAGUAGCUGGAGAAGGCAGGGUGAUAGCAUGGGGGUUCUUGCCAUUGACGAACAGUAAAGGAAAGGGGAGGAAGUGGUUACAAUUAUACUGGCCUCAAAAGAAAACACUAACAAAACAAGGAGAAAUUGAGGUCUUUCACUGGUACAAGUCAAAACAAGAAAGAUGCGUGUAUCCAGCCUCUCUGACUGUUUCUGUGAAUGGUGUCAUUCCUAGAAACAAUCUGAAGCCAUCCUGUAGCAACUUACCUCUGUCGAGAGAAAAUAUUCCAGGGGUAAAGAGAAGAAAAAAGAAGGAAAAAACUCAAACCCCCAUUUUAUGUCAAGAAGCUUAUAGCUUACUAAAACAAUCCCCUUCCAAGAGUGUAUAUAUUUUGAAUGUGGCUGGGUCUGGUGGGAUUGUACCCCUGGGAACCAAAGGUGCCCCCAACCCCAUGCCAGUGGCCCUGGCAAAGACUUCAUACCCAGAAUAUCAGGCUGGAAGAGGAGCAGUUGAACUUCCAAAAAAUGUGACAGCAUCGAGUCCACCACCACCAGUGGUCCCCAUGGCAGCUUCACCACCAGUGGUUCCCAUGGCAACUCCACCACCUGUGGUUCCCGUGGCAACUUCUACCACUGCAAUCCAGACUUAUGAUGGUGGAGGGGUAUCUCAGGGGGUAAAAAAUGCACCCCCCUGUCAGCUUGUAGUUCCCAGCAAUACUUCAUAUGUAAAUAACAAUAUCAUGGAUUACAAGGUUGCACCCCAAAGGUUACACCACUCAGCAGACAAUCCAGACAGCCUUUUGCAGCAGCCAUUGAGAACAGAAACAAGUCCCACUGCAGCAGACCAAAGUGGGCAAACCAAUAUGAUAUUAAAGGAAGAAAAUUCUCAUGGAGCCAUUCCGAAGAAUUGGAGUCCAAUAUCAGACAAUGCUGUACCUCUUGCAAAUCAAAUCAAAAAAACAGUGGUUUCCAAUACACCUAUUUUUUGUGAGAAAAUGUCAAGUGAUUUAGGGCCUGUAGGUACUCUUCUUUACAGUAUUGGAAUGGAUUUAGUGAAAGAGAGAGCUUGUAAAGGGCUGAUACGUUUGCAGACCAAAAAAUUGGAGGAAAAGAAACUGGAUGAAAAAGAAAAAGAGCAGCUUGAGCAGUUGAGGCAAUUUUAUUCUGAUACAAGACAAAAGAACCGUCAGCUACAUCUAAAGAAACAGAAGUGCCGGAAAUGUAAAUUCAAAACAGAAUCCCUGAAUGUAAUGGAAAAUCAUUUGGAAUAUCCGCACAUGCAAGGGACAUACAUGAAUUGUUCCUUCUGUAAUUAUGGCACCAGCCAAAGCUUAACUUCAGCAUUUACCCAGCACGUGAAAAAGAAACACAAAAAGCAACCACGUGCCAUGCCAAAAUCAGCACCUCAUCAGUGCCCAUUGUGCUCUUAUGAUAAUAUCCAUUCACUCCGUGUUUCGCAGCAUUUGGCAUUAUGUCGAAAAACUUUUAAUUUUGCCAAAAACUUAGCCCCAGAACCAAAUUUUUUGCACCACUCCCUUAGUCUUGAUUUCAUAAAGAAGCCAAAAGCAAACCAACCCAGUAGUGUCCCUCAUCGCGAUCCCAAUCAGAUGUCAAUUCAACCAAGAAUUUUGAACAAAUCAUGUUUGAAAAAAUCAAAGACAGUGAAGGAGCAACUAUCUGGUGUAGCUGUUUCAAAUAAAUGCCAGUCGUCAAAUGUUGCAUUCAAGUCCUUAGGUUCUCAACCCAAUAAGACUAAUGUUUUUUUAAACAGUAAAGUUCCCUUCACGCGGGACAACAAUGGCUGUUUUACAGUUUUACAGUUCAAACAAGCAACUCCAACUGUACAACAGACGAAUGUCAAUACAGCCAAGCUGUUAAAUUACCAAAUUGGGCCUGCGGUUGGCAUGAUCAAGCCAGUGGCUCCAUCUAUCCAGCAAAUUUCAACCAGACAACCUAUUAGCCAAUCUGGUGUACCAUUGACAUCAGGGACAUCAGGUUCAAUUGGCGUGCCUGUGGGCAUCAUCAGGGCAAUCAUCAACCCGGCUGCUGGGGUGCAGCCGAUAGGGUCAGGUUUGCAGGUAUUUAAGAUAAAUGAUCAGCUCUUUACCUCAGCUGGCAAAUCCCUAAUCCCAGUGAAAACAGCAGCACCAGUGGGGAUUAUUAAGUUGAGUGACCCACAGACAGCAACUACAGCUAGUGGUGCUUUGUCCAUAGUUCAAGGAGCCCAAGUGCAUGGAAACCCAAAUACCCAAAAUCAAAAUCUGUCAGGGGUGGCAUCAACAACUAUUCAGUCAAAGCUACCACCAGUCAAUAUCCAGUCAGUGGUUCCAUCAAAAAGUAUCCAGCUGAAGCUACCACCAACCAAUAUCCAGUCAGUGGUUUCACCAACCAAUAUCCAACUGAUGGAAGAACCUACCAGUAUCCAGUCAGUGGUUCCAACCAGUAUCCAGCUGAAGGUACCACCUACAAAUAUCCAGUCAUUGGGGUCACCAGCCAGUAUCCAACUGAAGGUACCACCUACUGAUUUCCAGUCAGUGGUUCCACCAACCAGUAUCCAACUUAAUGUACCACCUACCAAUAUCCAGUCAGUGGUUCCAACAACUAGUUUCCAGCCAAAGGUAGAACCUACCAAUAUCCAGUCAGUGGUUCCAACAACUAGUUUCCAGCCAAAGGUAGAACCUACCAGUAUCCAGACAGUGGUUCCACCAACCAGUACCAAGUCAGUGGUUUCACCAACCAGUAUCCAGCUAAGGGGAGAACCUUCCAGUACCCAGUCAGUGGUUCUACCAACCAGUACCCAGUCAGUGGUUCCACCAAAUAGUUUCCAACUGAAAGAAGUACCAACCAGUAUACAACCAAAAAUGCCACCAAAGUUUAUUUAUGUACAGCCAGAAGUUAUAGCAACCAAUGCUGCAAGUCUCAAGCGUCCUUCUCCUGUUGAAAAUUCUCAAGAUGCCGGAGCCAAAAAAUGUGCUCGAUUGGACCAAGAGUAUAUUGUGUGUGAACUAUGUGAUGGAUAUGUCAAAAAUAAUGAUGCAUUGAGACUUCAUUUUCGUAAUGUCCACCAAAUUGAAAUAUUUCCUAAGAAAAUUAUUACAUGCGCCAUAUGCAAUUACUCAUUCUGGACCUCAAGUGGUUGGAGGAAACACAUCACAAAUGCCCAUGCCCAGAAUGGGUGCUACCUGUGCAGAGAGUCCUGGUCUGGUGAUCUGGUCUCACAUCUGUUCUCUGCCCAUGGAGUCGAUUACCAGGAUGUCCUGAAAUUGAACAAGUGCAUCGGCUGUGGACAGGCGUUCUACUCUGAGAAACAGUUAAAGGCACAUAUGACCGUGUACCAUGGGCUGGACUUGUGGGAAAUGAAUUUGAAUGCCAAGAAAAUGAAACGAAAUCGUUCUACCAUUCGCUCUCCAGCAGAACAUCUUGCACAGCAAGGGUGCAAACAAUGUGGAAUAGAAGCUUUCCCUGACAUCCAGCACUAUUGCCAACACUUUAAAGUUACACACGGAGGCUUUACAUGUAACCAUUGUGUCAUUAAGCUAUCCUCAGUGCAUGCCCUGGGAAUGCACCUUUUCAAGAGCCACCAAGUGAAAUUGUUCAUGUGUGACAGGUGUUGGUUCAGGACCUCCUAUGAACAUACCUUGCAGCAGCAUUCCAUGAGUUGUCAGAAAAAGACUGUGCAGACUCCAGUACCUAUUGGUGGCAUUGGUCGCUCCUCUCAUCUCCGGCUGCUUCCGCUGCACCACAGGAAGUGUGAAGUACGGGUCAAGAGACUAACGCGUGAUGAGAUUGCUAAAUACACCAGCAGGUUGUGAUUUUCUUUGUUUCACCUGUUUAGUUAUCAACUGAAAUUGUAUGCAAUGGCUUUUAUGUGAAAUAUUUUUUUCUAGGGUUGUAAAAAUAAUAGACCUUUUUCAGAUGGUUUAUAUAUAUGUUAUGCUGGCUUGGUAUAAGGAGUGGGUUAAUUUUUUUUUAUAUUCUGCUACUGUUUCUUGUCCAAAUUUUCUAACAGAAACUUGUUAAAUUUCUGAAUUAACAGCUUUAAAAUAUUCUUUGAGUUAACAAAAGGAUUCAUCUCAAGUUGAAUAUUGUUGAAAGUCUUUCACAUCCUUUUGCUGUAUCAGUUGAAUCAUAUUAAAAAAUUCUGGCAAUAUUAAGUUAUGUUUAAAUAAUUGUUAUUGUUGUUUGGCAUCACCAGAGUUGAAAGACUUUGAGAUAUACGUGUAAUUUUUUAAAAAUUUCUUUUGCUCUUGUUCAUGAUGAAAAUAGAUUUAGGGACCAUUCCCAGAC